AUGUUAUCAACUGGUCAAACUAAGACUAAAAAACCUAUUUGUCGUUCAAAAUCAUGGAAGAAUGAAAAACAUUGUAAACUAUUUCAUGAACAUGAUAAAAAUAAUCAUGAGAUUGUACAAAUAUCUAAAAGAACAUCAAAAUCUGUUACUGUAUUACCUUAUCGAUCAAAAAAUUCACAAUUAAAUGAUAUACAAUUUCAAUCAAAUUUACAUUGUAUUGAUCAUAUAAAACAAAAUUUCCAUGAUGAUCUAUAUUCAUCUGAAUCCAUGUCACCUAGUUCAACAUUAACUUCUAUAACACCUAUGACAUCACCUUUAUAUUGUUCAAAAUUUCGUAAUCAUAAAUUAUGUACAUGUGAAAAAAUGGAAGGUGAAAAUUUAUCGUCAACAUCAUUAUCAUCAUCGACAACAACAACACCUUCACCUCUACCACCACCACCACCACCGUUAUCGAAAUCAUAUUCAUCUAAUGGACAUUUUUUUACACCAAAUCAAAUAUUAUGCAAUAAUGAACAUCUUAAUUUAUCUGUAAAAGAUAAGUGUCAAAUAGAUUCUUCAAAUGGUAUUAUUAGUAAUAGUGAAUGUACAGGAAAUUCAUCAUUCAUCUACAAUAUUAAAUCAAUCUUCAAUCGGCUUGUUGACAACUUACGUAACAGAAAUAAUCUUAGUCUUAGUAACAGUAUCAGUAAUAGCAAUAAUAGUGUUAAUAAUAGUAAUGGUAAUAUUCCGAAUACAGUUAAAAUUAAUGCAAACGGUGAUAAAAUAUCAACAGUAAAAUCGAAUAGAUUACAGAUAUCAUGGUUGACAAAAUCCACUGCUCAAGAGCAAAAUCGUGUCCAACAAGUGUAUACACCAACUUCAACUUCCGUUACCGAUGAUGUUCCUAUUGAUAUGACUAAUGUUAAUUGUUCUGAUGUACUUGGGAGAUAUAAAAAAUUUAAUUCUUAUAACAGAUCAAAAGAAGAUCAAAUUCCUGACAGUAUAAACAUGCAUGAUCAAAAUAAUGAAUUAUGCAAUAAACAAAACCUUAUCAUUGAUAAUGUAAAUAAAUCAAAUAAAUCUGAACCUACUACACAAACCCAAUAUACAAAUACAACUAAAGAUUCUAAUUGUUUUGGUCAUAUUCAUGAAUUGAAUCAAUCAAAAAUCUAUCCUAACAAUAAUCAACUUUAUCCAUGUAAUUCAAUGUAUAAACAUGAUCAUAAUCAUUCUAAUAAUGAAACUAGUUUAUUAACAGAUAGUUCAUCUAAUUUCAAUCAAUUGAAUUCUAAUAUGAAGAUCAACAAUAAACUACCAUAUAGAAAUAGUAAUACAUUUCAUAUAAAAUCAUCAAAUAUUGAUCAUCCAAAUAAAUUAAAACAUACUACUUAUUCUCAUAAUCAUCAUCAUCAUUGUGUUAAACAUUGUCCAUCAUCAUCAUUAACUUCACAUUCUAUACCAGUUCAUCGAAUGUUUCAUUCAACUCCACCAUUUACAUUGAAACAUUUAUCAACUAUACGUAAUAUGUAUGAACAAAAUGAAUAUUCUACAAAAAUUGAUAAUAGAAAUUAUAUAAAUAAUAAUAAUGAAUUAUCUAAUAAUGAAGAACAAUCUGAAUCAGAAUUAUCAUCAUCAUCAUCAUCAUCAUCUCAAUUAUCGUCAUUUGAUCGUCCACGUUUUUAUAGUAGUAAUAUGAUUUUAUUAAAACCACCAAAUCAUCAUUCAUAUAUGAAAUUCAAAUAUAUUACAGAACAAAUUCUUUUAGCUAAAUCAAUAUUUGAUGAAAAUCAAUCUAAAAAAAGAUCAAAUUCUUGGUCAGUUCAUCGUGGUUUUAAUCUAAACUCUUACAAAUGUGAAAGAUCGAAUAAUUUGGAAAGUGAAGAUGAGUUUAGCACAGACGGAACUGGAAGACCAUCGGAAUGUGAAUUCAAUAUCCCAUUUAAUGAUAUAAAAUUACUUAGAUGUUUACAAAAAGGUGAACGUAAAGCAAUUUAUAAAGGUCAAUGGCAUGGUGAUGUUGAUGUACAUAUUUUUGAAGAUUUAAGUCGUACAGAAAGAAAACGAUUUUGGCAAGAUAUUACACGACUUAUGAUGACUAGACAUGAAAAUAUUGCUUUAUUUAUGGGUGUAUGUGUUAAUCCGCCCAAUUUUGCCAUUGUAACUAGUGCAUGUAAAGGUAUAUCACUCUAUACUAAACUUCAUAUAAAACGUGAAAAAUUAUCUCAUACAAAUCAAUUAUAUUUAUUACGUCAAAUAGCUAAUGCUAUCACUUAUUUACAUACCCGAAAUAAUCCCAUUGUAGUACGUCGUUUAUCGAGUAAAAAUAUUUUUUUAAAACCUAAAAUGAAUUUGUAUUUAACUGAUUAUUCAAUAGUAGAUUGCGAUUAUCAAGUACCAGAUCAUAUACCAAUUCCAUUAGAUGGAUUAAAAUAUAUAGCACCAGAACUUUUAAUUCAUAUUGAUAAACAAUUAAAAAAAUUAUAUGAAAAUAAUUGUCAAUUCAUAAUGAAUAAAUCAAAAUUCAUUGAUUUACUAAAAUAUGAUCUAUCUAAUCAUAAAUCAUCUACAUUAUCUACAAUUCAUUUAAUGAAUAUACAUAAUAUAGAUUCAUUGAAUUCAUUCAAUUAUAAACAAUUAAUGAAAUCUCAUUUCACUAAAUCAACUCUAAUGAAAUCAUGGUCUAAUCUAAAUAAUACAAUUGAUAUACCAAAAUUAUCAAAAUAUAUUUCAUUACCAAAUCUAUAUUUAUCGAAACAAUUAAUGAAUAAUAAUAAUAAUAAUAAUAAUAAUAAUAAUAAAUUAAUGAAAUUCAUUAGACCGCAUAAAAUGAAUUUCAUGAAAACAAUUCGUCAAUAUAUAUCAAAAUCAGAACAAAAAAAUUUAUUAAUUAAUUGUGUACAUAUACCUAUAAUAGAAUUUACUACUUAUACUGAUAUAUUUGCAUUUGGAACAAUCAUAUUUGAAAUAAACACUCGAUGCUAUCCAUAUGAAGAAUUGGAUUUAUGUCACUGUAUUAAAUAUUUACUGAAUGGUCAGCGAGAUGAUGGUCGUGCAUACUGCAUACCAAGUUCCAUGAAGGUUCUUAUGUUUAAGUGUUGGUUGAACGAUCCAUCUAAAAGGCCUUCAAUGAAUAAAAUUACUCAAGAGCUAAUAGAAAAUCAUGGUUUGUAUCGACGAAAGAAUUCGGAUCCAGUUCAUUAG